CGGAGACCGAGAAAAGGUAGGUGCAAGUUUCCAUACCGCAAAGUCAGGUGGUGUCUUAGAGUCCGCAAAACUCGUAAAUCUAUUUCGCAUAAUUAUUUUUUACAUGAAUAAUUAUUUUUUUGUUGGUAUAAUUAAAUUUAUUAAUAAUUUUGGCCAUGCUUUCUUGUUUGUUUUAUAAAGCCGAAAGGAUUAUAUUAACUUGAAGGAUUAAGUAGAAAAUAAUAACUGUAAAAUGGAUAAUAUUUCUUUUUCAUAUGAUAAGAUAUCGGGAGACGAUAAGAGUUUAAGUUUGUUACAAGAAUCUAAUCUCAUUAAUGAAGGAAAGUGGAUAUGUGCAGAAUCAUACGAGGAAAUACUCGCUUUAAUUCAAAACUAUGAAACAGAAACUGUGUCAAAGUUUUCAUGCUAUUCUGCUGACAAAAACUUUGGUAAUAUAGAAGCUUCUGUCAAACACCAUAAAAUAAGAUGGGAGGACGACUCUGUACCUUUUAAUGGUGUUCUAUUCCUGAUUGUAGGAAGUAAAGUCUUUGACUGUAUGCAUGGAAGAGAUAGAAAAGUAUCUUUUAAAGAAGAAUAUAAAAUGCGUUGCAAUGAUAGAAAGUUUGAUAAAGAUUAGACCUAAGUAAGUAUC